AUGGAUAGUCAGGAGGUUACGCUUCUUGUGCUUAUCGACCUAAGUGCCGCAUUUGAUACUAUCGACCAUGUUAUCUUACUGGAGACACUUGAAAAAGACUUUGGCGUAACUGGAAAUACCCUCAAAUGGCUGACAUCUUAUUUAUCCGAGAGAAAACAAACAAUUUUAAUUAAAGACCAUGAAUCGGAAGUUUUCAAUCUUCAAUCGGGAGUUCCGCAGGGUAGCUGCCUUGGCCCUGUCCUCUUCAUACUCUAUGUGGCUGGGUUAUUUAAGGUUAUUGACAAACAUCUUCCCAAUGCACAUACGUAUGCAGAUGACACCCAGAUUUAUCAUUCGUUUCGGCCGGAUACAUCUUUAUCGCAAGAUGCUGCACUAAAGAGUAUUGAAAACUGUGUUGCUGACAUUCGUGCCUGGAUGCUUUCUAACCGUCUCUUGAUAAAUGAUUCCAAGACUGAAUUUAUUAUCAUCGGUUCAAAGCAGCAAAUGUCAAAGAUUAACAUCAAUGAAAUUACAGUUGGUGAAUCUACGAUCGAGCCUGUGGAGGUGGUUCAAAGCCUCGGAAUGUGGUUUGACUCACAUAUGUCGAUGGAUAUUCACAUUGGAAAAGUGUGUAGUAAGGCGUUUCGCAGCCUCUAUAAUAUCCGGCAGAUAAGGAAAUUCCUUUCAGAAGAUACAACAAAGAUUUUGGUUCAUGCUUUUGUUACUUCACACCUGGACUACUGUAACUCAUUGUUUUAUGGUCUCCCACAGUUUCAAUAUGAUAGGUUACAAAGAGUUCUCAAUGCUGCAGCACGUGUGGUCUGUCUAAUCCCCAAAUUCGAUCAUAUUAUUCCCGUUUUGAUUGGCCUUCAUUGGCUUCCUGUACGGUAUCGGGUGAUUUUCAAGAUUUUGUUGCUGGUGUACAAGGCUCUUCAUGCUAAUGCACCGCCUUAUACCUCAGACCUUCUGACACCUAAGCAUAUUGGUUGCUACAGCCUGCGCUCGAAUGAGCAAAACUUGCUAAUAGUUCCUAAGACAAUGAGGAAAACGUUUGGCGACAGAGCUUUUGCCAAGGCUGGUCCAUUUUUGUGGAAUGAACUCCCCGCUGACAUUCGUGAAGCGUCAAUAGUGGAAACUUUUAAAAGCAGACUUAAGACCUUUCUUUUUAAAAAGGCAUUUUAUCUUUAA